UCUGUUAUGUUUAUCCGCAACAGGUUACCAGUAUUAAUAGUGGUACAAUUUUUUAAUAUCGUUUGAGUUUUUUUUAGCUACGUCUAUCUCUAAAAAUGUGUUGCAGAACGACGCGAAGAGUCAAACUUGGAUGCCUGGACGGUUGACAAAUCCAAACGGCAGGCUCCAUGUCGGGCUUUCCCGCUCUCCGUUCAUGUGCAGCGCUGUUUCAUACGUUCAGUGAUGCCUCCGCAGCCCACAGACGGAGCGGUACAGGAAGAUCCUACGGUGUACGGGACCUUACCGUCCCGGUGACGUCCUAUAUGAUCAAUCCCGACUCGCAAUAAUCGCAAAGGCGACGAGGCAAUUUUCGGCGGGAUUCAGAGGAUUACGCUCUCGAGGCGACUCUCAGGGGGCAAGUCUACUGUGUUGACAAGGCGGAGAAAUGUGCUUGCACAGAGGACGAGGAGUCUGGAAUUAAGGACAGGAGAGAAAAGAUGCAGAAGAUGAGACAAUAAAGAAGAACUAAUUUUUGGGCCUGUGCAGAUUUCCCACGGCAGCAGUUGGAUGUGCACGUCGACUCGGCCACGAUGACAAUGAAAGGCCUGUCCAGCAGCCGUAGUCACCACCAUACGGUGACCUGCGACCCCUCUUAUGACUCGAUGACCCUGGGGCACUCGGAUCGUCGGCCCUACUUCCUCAACCCUGGGGAGGCUCAUCCUGCUGACCAUCCCUGCUACACCCAGCGCAACUCUUUCCAGCCUGAGUGCAGUGCGUAUCCUGAUCUGGCCAGCUGCACCUUCCCUCGCAGACAUUACAGCUCCCACCAUGAGCUGAAGGAGGAGUGUGGCGCUGUGGUGCCUUAUACAGGGCCAACGGGGAGCAGUAAAGGAAGUGGAGGAAACAACAACCGCACUCCCUCUAACCUGCUAAAUCAGUUUGAGCAACAGGCACCAGUGCGGCGUGAAGGUUACCACACGCUGCAGUACAAGCGUACUGCGGUAGAGCACCAACGCAGUGACAGCCCUGGUCGGAUCCGCCACCUCGUUCACUCUGUCCAGAAGCUCUUCACCAAGUCUCACUCCCUGGAGGGGCCCUCGGGGUCUGGUGGGGGAGAGAGUGGGAGGAUGAAUGGCAGCAAAUCCAGUCCUGAUGACCCUCCCUCAUCCUCUGGCACCCUGAAGCACAGCAAGCGCAGUAAGAGCAAAGACCGCUCAAAAUCUGAGCCUAAGAUGCGCACUGCCAUCUCAGGCUACUGGAGCUCAGAUGACACGCUUGACCGGGAGAUGUGCCUCUACCACCAUCACCACGGGGGCACCAGUGGAGGUCUGCCCUCUGGGGUCAUGACUAUGGGACGCCACCCAGAGAAAUCUCAGUCGCAGUACUUCAUGGAGUCCUAUAACACUAUCAGCGCCCACUCUCUAAAGACAUCACGCAGCAACAACGAUGUGAAAUGCUCGACAUGCUCUGGGGGCAGCAGCGGAGGGCUACCGCUGGUGGGUGCGCUGGAUGGCCAAGUGCAGCUGAAGAAGAGCUCUUGGUCUUCAACUCUGACGGUGAGCAGAGCAAGAGAGGUCUACCAGAAGGCCUCAGUCAACCUAGAUAAAGCUCUAGUGAAGGCCGAGCAGGGACGCACCUGCCACUUCCUACAGGUGCCUCAGGAUGACUGGAGCAGUUUCUCUCCACUGGGGAAGGAUGAUGAGAUCCCGUGCCGGCGGAUGCGCAGCGGCAGCUACAUCAAAGCCAUGGCAGAAGAAGACAGCGGUGACUCGGACUGCAGCCCCAAACCCUCGCCCAAGGUCCAGGCACGGCGGGCGAGUUACUUGAAGGCCACACAGCCGUCCCUCACGGAGAUGACCACGCUCAAGAUUUCUACAGAGCAUUCACCCAAGCUCCAGAUCCGGAGUCACAGCUAUCUGCGGGCGGUGAGUGAGGUUUCCAUCAAUAGGAGUCUGGACAGCUUGGAUCCAGCAGGGCUGCUGGCCUCACCUAAAUUCCGCUCGCGAAAUGAGAGCUACAUGAGAGCCAUGAGCACUAUCAGCCAGGUGAGCGAGGUGGAGGUGAACGGGCAGAUCGAGGCGGUGUGUGAGUCAGUGUUCAGUGAGAUGGAGUCGCAGGCGGUGGAUGCCCUGGACCUGCCCAUGCCCGGCUGCUUCCGCAUGCGGAGCCACAGCUACGUGCGUGCCAUAGAGAAAGGCUGCUCACAGGAAGAGGAGGAGGGCGGCGUCACAGUGGGCAACAGGAGGACCAACUCACCCCCGCGCACUACCACCACUGUCAGAACCAUCCAGAGCAGCACAGUGUCAUCAUGUAUUACCACCUACAAGAAGACACCUCCCCCAGUCCCACCACGCACCACCCCGUCCAAACCCUUCAUAUCCAUCACAGCGCAAAGCAGCACAGAGUCUGCCCAGGAUGCUUAUAUGGACGGGGGCUCCGGCCCACGGAUGGGCAUCAGCUCUCAGCCGGGCCUGUCCAACUCCACGGAGAGCAUCGACAGCAUGAAGGCCCUGACAGCAGCCAUAGAGGCAGCUAACGCUCAGGUACAUGGCCCUGCCAGCCAGCAUGUCACCAACAGCACUAUCACCAUCACUGCCACCGCCACCACCUCCGCCGUCGCGCACGCCUCCGCAGACAGCAAGGCGAAGAUGGAAGCACUCCGCAAGUGCCUCUCCAUAGGGAUCCAGGUGGACCCAGAGGAAGGAGGGCCCACAGAGGAGCAGUCUAAAUUCCAGUCAAUAGGAAUUCAGGUUGAGGAUGAGCGAUGUUACCGCAGGAUGACCCGCUCCAACAGCGUAACUACGGCUGUGCAGGCUGACCUCGACAACCCCACAGAUGCCCCAGGGCUGCCAGCGCGUCACUGUGCCACCAUGCCACGGCAGCACUCCCGCGAUGCUGCCACCUCUACUGUCAGCAUCCAAGGCUCGGGGAAUCACUAUCAUGCCUGCGCUGGAGAUGACUACGGGGAUGUGGGGUUUGAUCCAUCUAUCCUGCCCCCUCCAGAUCCUUGGAUGGACAGCGUGGCUGAGCCAGAGGUGGGCACUUUGGAGGCUGCCAGCCGAUCGGUGUGCCCCCGUGACGGCCGCUGGUUCCUCAAGUUGCUGCAGGCCGAGACAGAGCGUAUGGAGGGCUGGUGUAGACAGAUGGCGCAGGAUGAGAUGGAGAAUGAGCUGCCUGAAGAGAUCCUGGGGAAGAUCCGCAGUGCAGUGGGGAGUGCCCAGCUGCUGAUGUCCCAGAAGUUCCAGCAGUUCCGGGAGCUGUGUGAGGAGAAUCUGAAUCCAAAUGCACAUCCACGGCCCAUCUCCCAGGACCUGGCAGGUUUCUGGGACAUGCUCCAGCUGUCAAUCGAGAACAUUAGCCUGAAGUUUGAUGAACUCCACCAACUCAAGUCCAACAACUGGAAACCUCUGACCCCCCCAGAAAUUCAGGAAAGAAGGAUGCCUCCUCCCGUGCCAAAGAAGCCCCAGAAGGGCCACCCUCCCCUGGCUAGGGACCGCUCGCUGGAGAGCUCAGAGCGCCAGCGUCUGGAGGCUCGCAAGCGCCUGCUAGCUGCCAAACGUGCUGCAUCGGUUCGGCAGAGCUCUGCUACCGAGAGCGCAGACAGUAUUGAGAUCUAUAUACCGGAGGCUCAGACCAGACUAUGAGACAUGCAAACAUAUGUACCUACACACAUGCCCUAUACACAUAAUAGCACUGAAUGGUAAGGCUAGGGUGUUAACAUUAUACAAUCAUAUUUUUUGCGGACUGACCCCGCGGACUUUUGCGGGGUCAGUCACGAUGGGAGUUGUUUGAACAAGAAAUGUACAUUUACAGUAUUUAUUUAUUUAUUUAUCUGCCCCCCUUCCUCCUUUCCUUCUCCUAGCUUUGAUGUAGCACUUCCUUUUUCCCCCAUACCUCCGCCCACCCCUCACUCCCAAAGAAGUCUCUUAUAAAUCCCUUUUUUUAAGUGACCUGAUAUUACAUAUUCAAGCCAGGUGUAGCACAGCAGUAAUGUAUUAAUGUGUUUCAGGAACUGAGGAUUACAAAGGAAAACUGGGAGGGAGCAUGCAUGGGCAUGUGGAGUUUGUUUUUGUAUACACAUGCUUACAAUCACAAACUUCUGAGCAAUGUAUUUGAUCUGAUCUGCUCAGAUCAAGUACAUCAAAUCAAAUGGAGAGACCAGACCAGACCUAUUAACUCAUAUUUGAUAUAUUUAUUAAGUUGAUUUUAUUUAUACUUUUACCAAAAUCCCAGUAUAUGAAUCUGAAAAUACGUACAAUGAUGAUAAACAUUAGAACAGAAUGGUAAAAUGACCAGACAAGGAAACUAUAGUGUCGGUUAGCGACACAGUUCGCCAUCUGUCUGAAAAUGGGUCUUUCCAGUGCCAGGAGGCCGACCCUGUAGGAAAGGUCAAGGGUCAAUUCAGAUUUGGCUCCUCCAGGUUAAGCAAGGGGGCUUUUGAGCCAGGAGUGCAUUUUUAGGGCUCAACAAAGAGUACAUUUCACUGGAAGAAUCACUGUUUUAAAAUGCCACAAACCUAAUAAUUCUGGGGCUGAAUGGUCCUAGUGGUUUUUGAUUAUCAAGGUAGCAACAACCUGGAAACAAACCGCCUAUCUUGUCUCAUUAGAAACUGAGCAAAACAUUUUUGUAUAAAGGACAUAUAAUGACAUGUCAUGCAUGCUGACACGAGGUAACUGAUCUUUUGUUUGUUUUUUUUUUAAACAGGUUUAUUCUUUUCUCAUGUUGCAUUCAAGCUCUUCAGUGUUACAGACUAAGCUAAAAUACUGAUAUUUGGUACAAAAGUAGUAGUUGUACUAUAUUUUACUAUGUGAUUUUUAGACAAGGUUUGACAGUAUCUAGACUAAUGGACUGAAAAGGGACUACUUUCUCCUCACUGUGUGUGCACUAUCUCUGCCUCCAAAAAGCAGUUAUUUGAAGGUCAUAAAAAAACACAAUUUCUAAUAUUUUGUAUUCAUGUUUGAUUUAUUGAUUAGAAGAACAAUGACUGUUUAUUGACAUUGUGAUUAUUAUAAUGCACUGACAACAAGGCCCUUAUACUGUGUUUGUUUUAUGUAUGUUGGUUCUUUAGCAUGACAGGCACCUUUUUUGUCUUUUCUGUUUCAGUGAUCAGCCUUAAUUUCUAAUAUGAUAGUUGAGCACAACAGCAGUCUCAGGGGUGUGUGUGGGAGUGAGUGUGAGUGUGAAUGUGAAUGUGAAUGUGAAUGUGAGUGUGAGUGUGAAUGUGAGUGUGAGUGUGAGUGUGAGUGUGAGUGUGAGUGUGAAUGUGGGUGGGUGUGUGUGUGUGUGUGUGUGUGUGUGUGUGUGUGUGAGAUGAAGGGAGAGAGUGUGACCAGCUUCAUGUGGCUGUAUGUGACCCAUGGCUUUGUCUCUUACUGUAUAUAACUCCAGUCACCAAGAUAGGCCAUGUUCUUAAAUAAAGGAAAUGGUGUCAAUGUCAUCUUUUGAAUGAUGUUCCUCUUCAUCAUCUCAGCCCAACUUAUUUCAGUGUAACAAGGUAUUUCUGUCAGCUGCUUGAAUGUGGAGACAAUCCUGAGCCGGUUUAACAUCAAAUGAUUUUUUUAACAACGGAAUAGCAGAUCUUUGGUGUGUAGUCCAAUUCUCUGUAUUGAUCUGACAAAGUUUUGUGCCACUGGAUAACUAUAGGUAAGGCAUCAUUCCUGCUAUUUGUCUCUAUUGAACGCUACCUGAAGAUUUCAUUGAGAGACGUUUGUUUGUGAAAAAACUCAAGUGAUGAAGUAACCGUACAGUAUGACUUAUAUUUCCUUUAGUUGGUCGAUAUAAAUUUUAGAGAGGGUGCAUAAAAGUAAUACUAGUUAAAACUUAAUGCCAUUUUAUGUAGGUGAAGCUCAUUUUAGAUAUUUUUUUUUUACUUUGGAACUUGUAUUUGAAUUAAACUGUCUGUCAAACCACUCAUUUCUUAUUUAUGUUUAUUAUAUUAACAUAUCAAUAUAAUACUCCUGGUAUAGCAGGGAGUUACCAACCAGAAUGUUGGAUUGUGGUUAAUUGCUAAACUCAAAAGACACUCCAGCUAUCUGGGCAAUUCUGAAGCUUGUGAUGUAGUAAUAAGAGAAAAACAUUCAAAUAAACAUUUGUACAUAAAUGAAUGUUUCCCUAUGUAAAUGUAAGCUUAAAAAAACCCCAGUCAAUAACAUAUUAAGCAGAUAUACAUUUUGUAAUUAAUGUUAUUACACUGUUGAUGUUAUGGCACGUGUAUGAGCUCUUAUCAGCAUUAAAAAAAUA